CUCUUUCUCUCCCUCUGACAGCAGUAUAAAGAGUGGUAAAAAUAGCCAGGCAAAGCCAUGCAGGGCAGCCUGUUGGCGAGCAAAAAGGACUCCCUUCCCUCCAUCCCUUUUUGCCCUCCUCCAUUCCGGCACGACUGAGAGGUUGAAGAGUUGGUCAUCCCAGAACUUCCCAGCAUGGCAGCAGAGAAAUUGAAAAACCACAAGAUCAUCUUCGUAGUCGGAGGGCCUGGCUCAGGAAAGGGGACCCAGUGCGAGAGGAUCGUGGCGAAAUACGGCUACACCCAUCUGUCCACGGGAGACCUCUUGCGAGCGGAGGUCAGCUCUGGUUCGGAGAGGGGGAAGAAGCUGUCGGCCAUCAUGGAGAAAGGAGAGCUUGUCCCUCUGGACACUGUUCUCGACAUGCUGAGAGAUGCCAUGGUAGCCAAAGCAGAUGUUUCCAAAGGAUACCUGAUCGAUGGCUACCCCCGGGAGGUGAAACAAGGGGAAGAGUUCGAGAAGAAGAUUGCAGCUCCCACGUUGCUGCUGUAUGUGGAUGCUGGGAAAGACACCAUGGUGAAGCGUCUGCUCAAGCGGGGAGAAACUAGCGGCCGGGUGGAUGACAACGAAGAGACCAUCAAGAAGCGCCUGGAGACGUACUACAAGGCCACCGAGCCUGUCAUCGCUUUCUACGAGAAAAGGGGAAUCGUCCGUAAGCUCAAUGCGGAAGGCACGGUGGACGACGUCUUCCAGCAAGUCUGCACCCAUCUGGACAGUCUGAAGUGAUGCGCCGAGGGCUGGGCGAAGGUCUCCAUCCUUCCCACCACCUUCCUCCAAUGCCCCCUCAGUCUCGAUCCCCCUUGGCCAUGCGGAGACCCUACUCAACUCCCUCUUGCACCCUUCGCACCCAUCUCCCCAGAUUUCUCUAUCCUGUAUCCAUCCCCAUCCCCACCCUCCCAUCCGCUCCGUCGCUGUCUCCAAUUUUCAUCUCAGGGGGCUAAUGAUAGCGGAAGUGGCUUUGUCCUGUUUUCGUGGUGGGAGCCCCGUGGAGGAAGCUUUGAGGACGUGAUCUUGGGUUUCCGAAAAGAAAACCAACUCUCCAAAGUAAAGUUCAAUUUUAUGAGUUGAAAUGAUUUUACUUAUAUUUCUUUGGUUCUUCAACCUCCUUUGUCUGUUUCCCUGCUCUCCCUCUUCCCUGGUCAUCCUUCUUCUCUUGCGACAGGAAAAAAACAUACCAAAAAUCCCCUUUUAAUGUUCUUUAUCCCAGAGGUUGAUUAAGGGCAGGAAAUGGCCUGUUUAUCCCACUCAUUCCUAAGGCAGAAAGAGAAAAAACCCUGUUUUGUCUUAACGGGAAAAACAUGUCGAAAAGGAAAAGGAAGGGGUCGAAAUCUUUAACCCGGCCACUCCUGACCUGCAAUCUCCCCCGUCCCAUGAUCUGUAGGACUACAAUGCCCUUCGUCCUUGACAAGUGAUGGGAAUUAUAGUCCAACACAAUCUGAGAAACUCAUUCCCUGGAUCAGGAGCCUGCAGAUGGGAUUGGACUAUCAUUCCCAUUAUCCUUGACCCCCGCUCAUGUGGAUAGGGACUGAUGGGCAUUGUAGUCCGCAUGUUUUCCAUUGGAUCAUACUCCUUAAAAUAAGAAGGAGCGGGUUAACCAUCUACAGGGCAGGAGACUCAUUGAUGAUAGUUUGUGGAUAUAUUCUCUUAUGGCAUCUUUUCUGGAGACAGGUUUCAACAGGAAAGCCUUGCCCUAGCUGCAAUUCUAUCAUUAUCAUUAUUAUUACAGUAAUAUUAAUAUUAUUAUUACAUAGGAGGUGUUUGGAUGAUCUUCUGGGACUCCCAUCCCAUCCUAACAACUCCAAAGUGUUUUUGCAGCAUCCUCCCUGGAAGAAGCUACUGACCACAAACUGCAGCUUCUUAUGUGCCUUCUUUUUUUCUUUUUAAUCUCAUAGUUCAAAAUAAUUCAAUUUGGGGAGGACUACACCUCCCAGAAUCCACCACUGAUUCUGGGAUUUGCGGUCCAGGUGGAAAAGCUAACAAUGACAACCUCUGCUAUUUAUUUUGAAUCACUUUAUGUUCAGUCUUUCAACGGAUAUAUUUGGAUGGAAGGCUCAUCUCAGCGAAUAUCCCCUGCUGUCCCUUGAAAUUGCUUGAAUUUUCGGGAGAGAAAUGAAAGAAGAAAUGGGGUGGGGAAUAUAAUCUGAAGCCGAUGGUAUCGUAUCCCAAUUUGGGUGUAAUUCUGCAACUUGCAAACACUGUGCCUCAUUUUCUUUUCUGUCUCCUCGAUCGCUGGAUCGCUCUGAACCUCACCGAUCAUGCAUUUUGCACAUCCCCUUACGCAUACGAAAGACAGUUCAUUUUGUUUGUGCUCUCUCUCUUCUUUUCUCUUUUUGUACAACAAUUUCUAAUAUUUAUAAGAAGAAGGGGGGAUGAGAAAGUCUCAAGAGCAUCCUUCCCCCUCUCAGUCCCACCCAGAGUCUUAAGGGCCUUACGUCGGGCCAAGUGUCUGAAUGUAUUUAUCAUAUCAUUAUUAAAGAGCGUAAAGCAAAACAAAAAA